GAAACGCAAUGUAGGAAGUAAUCCGACUGCUUGUCGUUUUUGUUUUGGCAGCGCGAAGUCUUUAUCACUUAAGUGUCGCUAACGUAGUUUACCAUUUAUUUCGGGGAAGUAUUCAACAGCUGUGGGUAUUCGAGUCGAACACGCCACUUGUCGCAAAGCAAGAGAAAGUGAGACGGUAAAGAAUCUCCUUUCAAAGGAAAUGCAUUAGCUACACAACACUGUAAUGACUUGCGUUUAGCUGCUCGACCAGCUCUAGUGACCUUUUUUUUAAUGACGAAAAUAUUUAUCACUCGUAUAAUUAAUUAGAACACAGGUUUUUGUACACGUAAAAGUUGAUGAGUCGAAGUCGGAACCCCCCUCCCCGGGGUCAAGGGGCUGCGCGUGCGAAACAGAUGGGGCUGCUCCUUGAACUGACCCCGGAUGCGGAGAUGGAUGAUGACGGCAACGAGGAAGAUCUUGAGGCUGAACUACACAUUUUGAUGGGAGGAGGAAAACUACAAAGGAAAAAACGAGAAAAUAAAGCUCCUGUUGGAAUGGCUGAUAUUGAAAAAAUGGCAGCACUUUGCAUGAAAGAUCUGGAUGAAGAGGACAUGGAUGAUGAUGAUUUGGAUAACGAUGAAGAUCUGCUGGCAGAAUUGAAUGAUGUUUUGGAGGAUGACAAUGAAAGCAGUCCUACUCAGACCGCACAGUCUCCACGUGUUAGCGUUACAUCCCAUUCUCUUCCUUCUACGAAUUCCAAUAGUGCAACUGGUUUAGAGUCCCGUGUAUUGGAGCGUCUGGAGAUGUACAAGGCUGCCAUCUCCAGUGCUACUGCAUCAGGGGAGACGAGCAAAGCUCGAAGAUAUGACCGUGGAUUAAAGACACUGCAGUCCAUGCUUGCAUCAGUCCGGAAAGGAAAGGCAGUCAACGAGGAAGAGAUGCCACCUCCUGUUGCUGUUGGGAGGAAACCCGGUGCUGCAGAUGAGUCUGAAGCAGCGAAAGAGGAACAAAUGCCAGAGCCCAUAUUCAUGCCAUACCCUCCAUUCAAUCAAAAACCUUUACGGGAGGCGGCAUCAGGAGCUCCUAAUACCAAGCCACUCCAUUUAGCACCACCCCAGUAUCCGGCUGCUGCCAUCACUCCAGGAACCCCGAUAAUCUCUCCACUGACACCCUCUCAGCCUGGCACACAGCACUCAGAACUCAAACAUGAAGUGUUGUCCCGACAGAGAGAAUACAAGCUUGCAGCCAUACAGGCCAAACAGAGUGGUAACAUUGACCUGGCCAAACGCUUCUAUGUAACUGCCAAGAGUCUGGAUUCAAUGGUGGAGGCUGUAGAUAGGAAUGAACCAGUAGACCUGAGCUUGCUCCCUCCAACCCCUGGAGACGUAGUAGUCGAGACACAUCCACCUCCUUACACUAAACAACCAGCCCCUGCUGCUCCGGCACCUACACAGGAACCAACUGCUGGCCUUCCUGCUCCCACCAAUGUGGCAGAAGCCCUGCAGCAAAGGAUGGACAUAUACAAAUCUGCAGCAGAUGGAGCUAAGACCAAAGGAGAUGACCGUAAAGCACGCAUGCAUCAGCGCAUUGUAAAGCAAUACCAGGAUUCUAUUAAAGCACACAAAGCUGGUCGACCUGUCAACUUAUCCGAUCUACCUGUACCACCAGGUUGUCCGCCAUUACAAGGUUCAGAGACGGAGCAGCAAAACUUUAUGGGUGUCCUGGAAACAGCUAUGAAAAUAUCUAAGCAGGAUCCAGAUGAUGAAGAAGAAGAUGACAGUCCAAGAGAGACUGGCAAGCCCUCAGUGCGUCCACCUACCCAGAAAGCCAAAUCUCCAGCACCUCAAGCACCUGGUGGUUCCUUAACACCAAAACUGGGAGUAAAAGCCCAACAACAAGUGGAUUUCCUGUUGCUACGGCGACAGGCUUUUUUGCGGGCAGCACUGCACUCAAAGAAGAUGAAGGAUAUGACAGCAGCAGCACAGCAUCUCAGACAUGCCAAAGGCCUCAACCCCAUGAUCGAAGCUGCCAAGUCUGGACUUCCUGUUGAUAUCACCAAGAUACCCAACAGUCCAGUCAGUGAAGACGACUACGUACUAGCUCGUUCCCGUACAUCUCCGCUUUCUCCUCGUACUAGUGAGCAAUACCACAGCCUCAUGGAUCUUUUGCGGAAGCAGCAUGAGAAAUGUGUGACUCAGUCACAGCAGUUCGUACUCAUGGGCAAUAUUGGCGAGGCUCUCAAGUGUGAAAAGCUUGUUGAAGAGUCAUUCAAAAACAUAGAGAUACUGAAGAAUGCCCACAUCAAGGGCCAGCCAGUGCCCAAGUGUCACACGGAGGAGAAGACAUUCAGUGUUGUCAAGAAUUACCCCAACCUGGCCCCCAAUGACAUGAUAUUGUACAUCAUAAGAGGCAUCAACCUUCCAGUUCCCUCAGGUGUCUCGCCUAAUGAUCUGGAUGCCAGUGUGAAGUUUGAAUUUCCUUUUCCCAGUGCGGAGGAGCCACAGAGGGACAAAACCAGUACAAUAAAAAGUACAACCAGUCCAGAGUUUAAAGAGCAGUUCAAACUCAACAUCAACAGAGCGCACAGAGGAUUUAAGCGAGUCAUCCAGUCCAAAGGCUUCAAAUUUGAAAUCAUUCAUAAGGGAGGCCUCUUUAAAACAGACAAGGUUGUGGGCACAGCUCAACUGAAGCUCGAGUCUCUCGAAAACCGCUGUGACAUCAGAGAGAUUAUAGAGGUGAUGGAUGGACGCAAAGCCACUGGUGGCAAGUUAGAGGUCAGGGUGAAGAUCAGAGAGCCGAUAUCCAGCGUAGAACUCCAGCCUAUGACAGAGAAGUGGCUAAUCCUUGAACCAGUCACCUCUCUCUCACCUCCAGAGAGACAAAAAGAACGGGCUCCUUCUCCUCGAUCUAAAUCCAAACAUGAGGUGAGCAACAGGAGCAGUCACUCUAGCAAUUCUCCUCCCCAGUACAAGCUCCACAGCUUCAGCCUCCUUAACUAUGACAAGGAACGGUUGGAGAGAAAGAUUGCAGAGUACAAAAAGAACCGGCGGGAUCCCCCAUCUGAUGUCAUUCAUCAGCACAAAGAGAUCAUACACAGGUUGCACUGGCAAAAAGCGCAGCUGGAGCGAGCAUCUCCUGCUCUGCUAUCAGAGUAUGAAAAUGUGUUGCGGCGCUUCACCCAAGGACUUGCUGACUCUGUGAAGAAAUUCUCAACUCAAGGCAAUAGGGUGAAAGCGGGGAUGCUGCCAAGGAUGCUCUGAGUCGGUUGAAGAUGGUAGAGAAUGAGCUGGAAUCACUGAAAAGAAAACGCGCUGGAUAAGAAGAGACUGGCUGGCAAAAGGAUUGGCUGGAGUACUGUUAUCUUUUCUUUUCUCUCAUAUGCACAGAUACACUCGAGCACUCCACUCUCAAGACCUUUGUCAUGGUUCUGUGCUGCACAUCCAUGAUAAAUGCAUGCAGCCACUUGCUCUUGGAAGGGCAAACACUACAAAAAACCUUGAACAAUUCCCGUGGUUUUCUUUGUCUCGCUUCAAGCAAAGAUACAUUUUAAUGUGUAUAUGCUUGACCAAUGCUCUGAGGUGUUUUAACCCCUUUCCUCCUUAUUUUAUGGGCGUAAGGAUCUUAAUGUAAUCUGUCUGCUCCAAUGUUCCCAGAUUACAGUAAUCUGGUGCAUUCGCAUUGGUGUGAUAUGGGAGUAAAAAAAAAAAAAAAUGGGGCUUUGGGGCACCACGGCCUACAUCCCAUAAUGAGGGAUUAGUGUUUGUGUCACCAAGGAGACAACUAGAUCAGACAUAAAUUUGCCUAUGGGGUUGCAGAACGGGGGAGUGUUAACAGUGUGCCAUGAAUGUGGUAGCAGUUUAGCUCUGCCUUCUUCAUCAGCCACUUGCUCUUUGUCGCCUUCUUCACCUUCUCUGUCUUCACACUAAUUCCUUCACAUACAUUCAGAGAUUACGCAGCGUUACAUGCAGCUCCAUUUGGAUUUCCUUCCAAGUCUUUAUUAAAGAGAGCUAAGUCUUUCGUGCUGUCUAUUAGAAAAUAAUUAACAGCUGCUACUGCUUUUACUGUGGAUUCAUUCAUACAAAUCCUCGAGACUGGCGGCGACUUAAAGUGAGCCCUUUGUUUUGGCUCGAAUAACCCUAGUGAAAACUAACUUGAUAAUCCCCACUUUAUAAAAACUCAGAAUAAGAAUAUUAUAAUUUUUUCUGUAAAAUGUACAUUUUUGGUGCUCUUAAUGAACCGAUUUCUGUUCAUUCAUCUGAAGGGAAAAGUAUUUUGUCAUCAGCCAACCAUUUUCAAAUGCUUAUCCUUAUCCUAGGGCGGGAAGGCUCUUUCAAUUUAGUAGUUAAAUCAUACCCGUGACCUGCAGCAUUAUGCACGUUUCCUCACUGCCAUGGUUUUGUCUUGACAGCUAAUUGAACAAUCUUUAAUGUCACUUAAUACUUGUGCCAUCUCGGCUACGGUGUUUACAAAUAUGUCCUAUGCUGUUCUCUAGUUUUACAUUUGGAAAAUCUUUUCAUGAGCUCCUUCCUGAUUUUCAGGUGGAAUUUAUCUCACUUUUUUUGUUUUACUCUCCUGAGUGGUUUUCAUUUUAUAUGGAGCAGACAAAAAAUAAUCUGGAUCAUGCUGAACUUUGAUGACUAAUGGUGAUAUGCUUCUCGGCAUGAAAUGUAAAAAAAAAAAAAAUAAAUAAACCAAAAAUGAAAAUGCCAACUUCACUUCCUUUAAACUCAAGUGGAUUGGAGUUGAUAUGGCAUAUUUGCCCCACACAACAACAACAACAGAAAAAAACAAUUUUUCUAAUGGUGUUGAAGUGCAAUAUCGUUACUUUUUAACCAGGGAUAUGGCCAAUCAUUUAAAGUGUGGAAAACUAUUAUUUGCUAAAUCUUAAAAAAAUACAUAGCUACAUUUUUAGAAAUAGCUAUUACAGUGCAAUUUCACUUCCAGAACUAUAAAUCUAUUUUAAUACAUGUUGCCUAAUCUUGCACCUAGUUACACAAGGUUUUAACUCACCUCAAAACACAACCCGACAUAUGACCCGCUCUUUGGGUAAGAGGCUGUUUUGUUGUCAUGGUGAUGAGCUCAUCAGCAUUCAGUGUGGAUUUUCGAUGGUUAGACUUGGGGGGGGGGGACACAUCUCAAAAGUUUGCUCGAAUGGUGACUAAGUUUCUCACCUGCACAGGACAUGUACACGUGAUUCCUUUUUACAUAUAUAUAUAUAUUUUCUCAUAUUGUUUCUAUAACGAGGCUACACUACAAUGAAUGAAUCAAUUUAAAGGAGAAAAUGUGCUUUAUGUGUGUGAUUUUUUUUUUUUUUUUUUUUUUUGGGGGGGGGGG